AUAAACCCAUCAGACCCCUAUAGACCCAUUAGGCCGAUGACAUUUCACCAAACAAAAAACGCCAUGAAGCUCACUUCUCUCUUCCCUCUCCUCUUUCUCGUCCCUCUCUUAGCCUCAUGCGCUGAAAAGAAACAGGUGUAUAUUGUCUACUUUGGAGAACAUAAAGGUGAUAAAGCUUUUAACGAAAUUGAAGAACAUCACCAUUCUUAUCUUUUAUCGGUUAAAGAAUCUGAACAAGACGCCAGAUCAUCGCUAUUGUAUAGCUACAAACAUAGCAUCAAUGGCUUCGCAGCUGAGCUAACCCCUGAAGAAGCCUCUAAACUAGAAAGUAAGUAA